CUUUGCGGAUUACUUAAAAUGGCGGCCAUGGGGCGGGGCCGCGGGGCGCGGGGCACGCUGGGGCCAGCGCGCGGACUGCCGGGAACGGGGCGGAGCGCGGCCGCGCCGGCGCGUCGAGGGGCAGAGGCAGCCGCCGAGAUGGACGUGUUCCUCAUGAUCCGGCGCCACAAGACCACCAUCUUCACGGACGCCAAGGAGUCGAGCACUGUGUUCGAGCUAAAGCGCAUCGUCGAGGGCAUCCUCAAGCGGCCGCCGGACGAGCAGCGGCUGUACAAGGACGACCAGCUUCUGGACGACGGAAAGACAUUGGGCGAGUGUGGCUUCACCAGCCAGACAGCACGGCCUCAGGCCCCAGCCACUGUGGGGCUAGCCUUCAGGGCAGAUGAGGCCUUUGAGGCCCUGCGCAUUGAGCCCUUCUCCAGCCCACCCGAGCUGCCGGAUGUGAUGAAGCCACAGGACUCAGGAAGCAGCGCCAAUGAACAAGCUGUGCAGUGAGAGGCCCCCCAACCGCCCUACCCCCCCAAUAAAAGAGAUUUGGGUGUCCA